UAAGCUCGUGACCAUCUUCUCGUGACCAUCUUCUCGUGACCAUCUUCUCGUGACAACUUCUGUAUCGGACACUCAAACAAUCAUUUGUUGUCUCUCGGUCGUAGUUGCGAGAUGAAGGUCUUUCUUGUUGCUAUUUGUGUUGCGAUCACUACAGCUCGUCCGUCUUCGGAUUGGCUCGAGUGGAAGGCGAAACAUAACAAGCAGUACGAGACACAGGCUGACGAAAUGGAUCGUUUCGAUAUCUGGUCUACCAACAUGGCCAUCAUCGACGACCACAAUGCACGCGAUCUCGGUUUCGAGCUAGAGAUGAACGAAUUCGGAGACAUGACGGACGAGGAGUUUAGAGAGACGGUACUGACCAACAUCGGGCCACCGAGCGAGAGAUCAAACGCUAGUGCAUACGUGCGGCAAGGAAUUGAGGUAGACGAGGAGGUAGAUUGGCGCACAAAGGGAUACGUCACUGAGGUGAAAAAUCAGGGAGCUUGUGGUUCGUGCUGGGCGUUUAGUGCGACCGGAUCUCUUGAGGGUCAGCACUUCAAGAAGACAGGUAACCUCGUUUCGCUUAGCGAACAGAAUCUGGUCGAUUGCUCGACGGCGGAGGGCAAUCACGGCUGCAAGGGAGGACUGAUGGACAGAGCGUUCGAAUACAUCGAGAGAAACAACGGGAUUGAUACGGAAGAAAGCUACCCGUACACAGCAAAGGAUGGAUUUUGUCGCUUCCAAGAAUCCGACGUGGGUGCCACCCUCACUGGCUACACCGACAUUCUUCCGAGAGAAGACGAAAAUGCCCUCAAAGAAGCCGCUGCCACCGUCGGUCCCAUCUCUGUAGCAAUGGACGCCGGACACACGUCAUUCCGCUUCUACAAAAGUGGUGUCUACUAUGAGCGAGCGUGCAGCUCGGUCAAACUAAACCACGGCGUUCUAGUAGUCGGAUACGGAACACUAGAAAUGGAAGACUACUGGUUGGUAAAGAACAGUUGGGGUACCACGUGGGGUAACCGUGGAUACUUCAUGAUCGCUCGCAACAGAGAAAACAACUGUGGAAUCGCUACUCAAGCCAGUUAUCCCAAAGUCUAGUUUUGGGGUUAGGGUCAACAGUCUCAUCACUUUCUAGUAAAUAGAAUUGAAAUUGAAAAGGCAUGUUGCGAGCUUUCUGUGUCUGUGAAUUUGCGGCUACAUGUGAGCGUUGAUAAUCAUAAUGUAAUAAUUUGUUUUGGAAGUAGCUGAUUUUGCUGGAAAUAAAUCACAAAAAAUCUA